CGAUCAGGGGCCAUUUAUAAACCAGCCUAUGCCAUGAGAACUCAGAAGUCCCGCGGCCGGACGUCAGCCACACAUUCUCGACAACGCUUGCCACGUUUCAGUCUUCACUCCAGGAGAAAGAAGGAAGGCGUAAUCCAGGGAAAGCUGCGUAUCCGUUCCAUGCCAGGAGCCUUUCUGGUACUUGGGGUGGUAGUUGUUGUUGUUGGCACUGCACUUGCUGUGGCAGGCUACUGGCCAUACAGAGCUCAUCGAUCAUCUUUGGACACGGUAGAGGAAUCCUCUGGAACUGCAUCAGGAUGGGGAUUAGGGUCGAAAGGACUGUUUUCUGCUGCAAGUCUGGUUCAUAGUGAAAGGAUGAAACUAUUAGGACCUGUCAUUAUGGGAGUGGGACUCUUCAUACUUAUUUGUGCAAAUACGGUACUCUAUGAGAAUCGGGACAGGGAAACUCAAAUGCUUUUAGCUCAGAUGCGGAGCGUCAUUUGCUCUGUUUCUGCAGCUGUGCCUUCGGCAGACCUCUUACAGGUGAAUUCUCUUGCCAGGCACUAUCAAUGGGUAAGCAGUUUGCCCGCAGCCCACCUAAACAUCCUCUGCUUGCAGGAAAUGUCCAGUUCAGAGCCUCUACUCCAAGUGAAGAGCAUGGAUGAGGAGGACAGCAUUCAGCAGCAGGACACAAUGCACACUGAGGUUCUUCAUCAUCAGGACUCUUCCUCCACCCCCUCUAUUCACUCCUCCAACUCUUGCAACAAUAGCAAAGAGGUUUUAUGCAUGGACGAGCAGAGGACAACCUCUGCACUCGACUUGCGGCAAGAAAGUCACUUUGCCCUCAGUAACUGUAUGACUGCAUCCUCUAUGUCCACACUGGGUGGAGAGGAGUGUGAAAUCUUCCCCGUCCCACCCAGACGGUCCUAUAGCAUGAACCACAGAACUAAACCCCAAAUACUGCCAAGGCAUCUGGUCCAUCCAGAAGACAAGUCUGUGUCUUCCAUGGGUCACCAUAGACUGCUUCCAAGACAAUCCAGCUCAGAGGUGUGCAUUAACAUGGUCGGAGUAGACAUUAAAACCCUUGACCUUAUACCUGUGGAGGAGCAGAGGCACCGCAGCUGGCCUCGGCUAGACCUCGGAAGUGCAAGGAAGUAUCUGAAGCUUGAGAACAAAGAGGACUCUGUGGAAAGGUUACUGGAUCAGCUUGAGCAACAAUGCUUACAGAUGAACAAAAGCUAUGGCUCAGGUCCGUUUCAGUGAGCUGAGGUUUAAUCAUUACAUCAAGGUUAAUGGAUUGGCAGAUCCCACGGGCAUAAGGAGGAGCUUCACAAAGUGACAUAAACUUGGAAUAACCCAGUGGGCAAGUUUCCAAUGGAUGUUGUUUGCAGUUUCUGGAAUCCCUUGAGGCCAACUAAUUCCUCAUUUCCAAGACCUAGCUGUUCAUCUCACUUGACUAGUUUUUUAAACUAGUUUGUUCUGAGAUUAGUGGAGUAUGGAAAUUUCACUUGAAAGAUUAUAAACAACAUGCUACAACACUCAUGGUGUGGAAUUUAAACAUACGUUCUGAAGGAUUUUUUGGGAUAGAGGUAUUUUACACUUUUGGGAAUGUGCUGAACAGUCUAUGAUGUCACAUUUGACUGGAUGGAUCCCACAGUUUAUGUGUAAAAGUCCAACUGGAGGGAUCAGUUUGUUUUUGUUGCUCAAGCUCUACUUGCUACUAGGAUACAGUAAGCAGCAUUUCUUAAUCUGCAAGGUAGAAUAAACGAAGACCUCAGCAGUGACUAGAUUCAAAGUAAACACAUUUCUGACUUCGGAAUUCAGGUCAGCCAAAGGUAUGGCUCCAGUUUGGAUAGUUUUAAGGGCCAAGAAUGGAGAAUGCUAAUUAUGUGACAAAAUGGAUUCAUCCAAGCAGUGUCUACGGUUGGAUUGUCCAUUAAAAUUUAUUUUAAUAGUUCCAAAUUAUGGUAAAUCAAUCUCAGUUCCAAUGUCUGUAAAAGUUUAUGGCUUCCCUAAGUGUCUGUUCUUCUCGUAUCUCACUUUACUUCCAUCUCUGCCUGGUGGCAGUAAAAACAGAAGCACUCAUGAUGAGGGUCCAGUGCUCUUUUGGCUUCGUUAACCAAGGUGAUCAGUGUUUUUGCAUGCACUAAUGCGGGUACAUAACUGCUUUCCCUUUAAAGGGUGGAGCUGGACCAAGCCCCUCCUCUUUGCAGUGAGAAUGUGUAAUUCACUCUGUUUACAGAAAUAAGACAGUCAACCUGUCUCUAUUUUGUCUGUGCUGCCUGUUUUGUUAUGCGGUGUUACUUGCUGUGUGUUCUCAGUGUAUAAUGAGCAAUAUCCACAGUCUGACUGACCAGUCAAUGAUCAGACCCUUUACCACAUUUGAUCUGAAUUCCAUGCCUGUGUUGCAAAUAAAAGGCAAAACUA